CACGGAGGGGCGGGGAGGGUGACAGAACGCCCUGGGAAUGAGGAGCGCGGGGAGGAGAGCGGGAGCAGCAAGGGCAGCGAGCGGAGAGGGCGGGGGGCAGCGGAGGGGCGGCAGAGGCUGAGGCAGCGAGAGCAAGAGGGCGGCCACGGCGUAGGGGCGGCGCGCGGGCCGCGGAGGGCAGCGGGCGCCGCGCGGGGGGCGGGCCCAGUGGCUGCGUCCGCGGCUGAGCUCUGCUCCUGUCCUGGGUCGGGUGCGGCUGCGGCUUCCUUCCUGGCGGCUUCCCCGCGCGGCAGGAUCUGCUGUGAUGAUGUCAGCCAAGUGCCAGGAAAUCUGACCCAUGAGGCCCGGAAAGAGAAGACCUUUAAGUUGUGGAGGGGUAAUCUGUGUAGCCGAGUUUCCCUUUGGCUUCUGGGACCUGAGGCAGACCUGGAGUAGACUUGGCCCCCUCCUGCAGACCCAUGAUACACCGGCUACAGAUAAGACUGCUGACAUGGGAUGUGAAGGACACACUGCUCAGGAUCCGCCGUCCUGUGGGAGAAGAAUAUGCCACCAAGGCCCGGGCCCAUGGGCUGGAGGUAGAGGCAGCCACCCUGGAACAGGCCUUUGGGCAGGCAUUCAGGGCUCAGAGCCACAGGUUCCCCAACUACGGCCUGAGCCAUGGUCUUACCUCCUGCCAGUGGUGGUUGGAUGUGGUCCUGCAGACUUUCCACAUAGCAGGUAUUCAGGAUGCUCAGACUGUGGCCUCCAUUGCCAACCAGCUGUACAAGGACUUCAGCAAACCCUGCACCUGGCAGGUGUUGGAGGGGGCUGAAUCCACCCUGAAGGGGUGCCGAAAACGAGGUCUUAGGCUGGCAGUGGUCUCCAACUUUGACCGGCGGUUAGAAGAUAUCCUGGUGGGUCUUGGCCUGCGGGAACACUUCGACUUUGUGCUUACUUCUGAGGCUGCCGGCUGGCCCAAGCCAAACUCCCGCAUUUUCCAUGAGGCCUUGCAACUUGCUCAGGUGGAACCGGCAGUAGCAGCCCAUAUUGGGGACAAUUACCACUGUGAUUAUAAGGGAGCACAGGCUGUAGGCAUGCACAGCUUCCUGGUGGUUGGCCCAGGACCUUUGGACCCUGUGGUCAAGGAUUCUGUACCCAGAGAACACAUCCUCCCUUCACUGUCCCAUCUCCUGCCUGCCCUUGACCGCCUGGAGGGCUCACCCCCAGGACCUUAGCAAGGGAAGUGGCUGGGCCUAAUAAACACUGGAGACAGACGCCUUCCUUUCUGA